ACCAACGUCACAUUGCCUCCAUAAGAGACAUGGGACUUAUGAAUGCACUUGAGUGCAAAGAACGCAUUGAUUGGCCCACACUGAUUAUCAAACAUCUUGCUAGAAUUGUGGAUCCUAAGCUAGGUUCUCAUCAGUUAGCUUUUGGAAACCUGUUGACUAGAGUGUUUGAUGCAUUUGAAGUACCAUUGGGAGAAGGCAGAAUUUUGACUCGUGCAGAUAUGUUCACUCAAACCAUCCUUGCUGAUUGUGGCAUUCCCAUGGAGUCGGAGCAGGUUGCAACUACGUCUCCACGUACAUCUGGUCCUGUUGCUCAGUUACUCAGGGAACUUAAAGUAGCUGAAGAAAAGUUGAAGGAUCAGUUGGUGCAGCAACAACUUGCUAACAAUGCAAGAGUUGACAGAGUUCUGGAUAUGCUGGCUUCUGCUUCAACUAAGCCUGGUCAACCUCCACAUUGA